AAAAAUCCAAGAUGCUCGACAACGAAAAUACGUGUGCUAUAUUACACUGAUUUAUCGUUAAAACAGCGAUUCCGCGUUAGAUGAAUCUGAAUCAAAGAGUGACCAAGGAUUCAGCCAGGCCAACAUGUUUAGCCAAUAUAACCAGUCCCAGAGUGGUGCCAGCUCACAGCAACAGCAGUCUGAGGCAGCAAAGUGGCAACAGCAGUCAUCACAGCUGCAACAGCAGCAGUAUCAACAGCAGUAUGAUCAAGAAGACUAUGAAGAAGGAGAAGACUAUGAAGAAGGUCAGGAGUAUGAAAGUCAAGGCUAUCAGAGUGAAGGUCAAGGAUACCAAGGUCAACAAGGCUACACUGAAGAGGACUAUGAGGGCCAGGAAGGCUAUGAUGAAGAGUAUGAAGAUGGAGAAAUGGUUCCAUACAAUCAACAGUUUAACAAUGGCAACUAUCCCCAUGGCAACCAGAAUAACCAAGGUAACUACACCCAGGGUAACCAAGGCAACUAUAAUCAAGGUAACCCGGGCAAUUACAGCCAAGAUGGUCAACAGAUGUAUGAGGGACAAGAAUAUGACCAGGGAACAGAGACCUACCAGGGGGAAGCAGCACAGUUUCCAAUGCAAGGGUCAGGGGACCAUGAAUACUCGGAUGAUUAUAACCAGGACCAACAGUAUGGGGACAAUUACCAACAACCUGGCUUUUCCAAUGAGAACUUUGGUGGAGGAGACUCUACUGGAAGUUCAAGGGUAGAAACAAGUCAACAAGAGGCCUUACAUAGCCACAAUUAUGCAAGACAGAAGUCAUUGCAAGGUCAAGGGCAGUAUCAAAACACCCAAGGUCAGACUCAAAAGCCCCAAAGCCAGCCAGGAGUAACCCCACAGGAAAGUAAUGCAUAUGAUAUGGUGAAGAAACAUUAUGGGGAGAAAGUGAUAAAUCGUCGCCCCCAGACAGUGAUCUUGACCCCCCAGGAAGAAGAGCAACAACAGCAAUUAAUGCAGCAACGACAGCAGAGCAUGUCCAAGAUGUACCGUGACCAAGUCAUAGAUCUGCCUGAUAAGGAUCUGUCAAGAAAACAAACCCCAAACCAACAACAGCAAUUAUUGCGACAACAGCAACAACAACAUCAGCAAUUGAAACAAAUGCGCCCAGUUACUCCAGGCACUCAGCUUGUGAGAGGUCCCCAUCAGAUGGGAAUGCCACCACGACCUCAAAUGAACCCAGCCCUUGGACCAAGAGCACAGCGACCUCAGCAUAUGGGUCAGAUGAUUAAUCCACAGCAGCAGAGCCCACAAAUGGGCCAGCCUCCAAGGCCCCAGUUCCAAGCAGCAGACUCCAGUAUGCAAAUGGUAGGCUCUCAGGAGCAGGGGGAACCUGGUGGUAAACCUAAGAAAGCCCCCAGAAAGCCUGCCAAGCCUAGAGUCCCCAAACCUCCUGGUCCACCAAGACCAAAACUUCCAACAAAGAAGAAAGUAACAAAGAAAUUAAUAGCAAUUCUUGCAACUCAAGGGUACACUGAGGAACAAGUGAAUAAAUUGAGCCAAGAAGGACGUCUUCGACAGGGCUUUGAUUUGCCUCUUACGAAUCGUCAAAUGGCUGAUUUCAAUAUUGGGGGUAGGGGACAUCAGGGAUCAGGGAUACCUCAUGGAUCAGGUACACAAACAGCUGAAGGACAGUCACCCCAUGACCAAAUGCCUCAGAGCUCCAUGCCUCCAAAUACCAUACCUCAAAGCUCAAUGCCUCAAAGUUCAGUUCAUCAAGGUCAUACUCCGCAAACAUCAAUGAACCAGGCACAGAUGUCCCAAAGUCCUGCCUUGCAAGGCCAAGCAUCCCAAGGACAAAUGUCUCAAAAUGAAGUUACACAAAACAAGUUAUCUCAUUUACAAAUACAUCAACAGCCCAACUUGCAAGAAGACAUGGCAUUGGCUAAGAUACCUAUAGCUCAGAGACCUGUAAUGCCCCAGGGCCAGGUGCAGCAUGAACAUCACAUGCCUCAGAAACAGGGCACAUCUGACAUGCAGCAAGGUCAAGGUCAAGUACCUGAGGUAUCCAUGUGUAUUAAAGAAGAGCCUGAAGAUCCUGACGACCAGGAAAGUCGCGACAGUUUACAAUCUCACGGGAGCUCUACCAUGCAAUCCCUACCCCCCUCUAGCCAGUCUCACCCCAGAGGUAGCCAUGAGAGCACCCCAGAAGGAUCCUUUUCACACAAUAACCCAAAGUUAGCCAAUGAGCUUGCCCAAAAUCCUCAAAUACCUGCAUCAGGACCUAUGCAGAUUCAAUAUCUAAAUAAGGCCAACCAUGGCCAACAAGGACAGAAACAACAGCAUAUGAUCCAUCUGGGCCAGGGAGCACAGUACACAAUGGCACAGCACACAGUGGCUCAGCAUACAGCCACACAGCACACUGCAGCACAGCCACAUCCUGGUCUUCUCACACCAGGGAGCCAGCAGUUUGUUGUACGUAAUAACAUUCCUCUGCACCAGAGGGCACCAGGGACUCAGUCUCCUAAGAAAAUGUCUAAGACACAAGAAUUACUGGCGCAUGGAGACAAUCGCAAUGUGGCUGUUGUCCAACCCUCUCACCACCCCCCACAGCAACAAAAACCCAACUUUACCAUUGGGCAGAUACGUGGAGCACACCCUAGCUUAAGGGUGGUUAGACCCUCUCAUCCAAAUGUUGUAAUACGACAGGCUGGUGUUGGGAAUAGUUUACGCAUCAUGACGCCAGAUAGGACUGUUUCGUAUUUGAGUCCUCAACAACAGCAGUAUUUCCUUCAGCAGCAGGCAUUAUCUCAUGGUCAGGGGACAAAACAACAUGUUGUGUUACAUUUACAGAAUCAAACAUCUGGGAUUGCAGUACGUUCUCCUUCACCAUCUCCAAUUGCCUCACCUAACACCAGUACCCCAACCACUCAUCCUAGCCAGGUACGUACGAUUAUGGCGCCACCUAUCAGCCCAGUCCCUGACCCGGAAACUGGCAGCGAAGCUAGUAGUAGUUGCAGCUCCCCCAUAACCACUCCUCCAUUGCACCCCAAUAGUCUUCUGGCAAAGCAAAAUCAGAUCCCUGGGGUACAGCCAAACCCCAACCACCAGGUUCACAAAGUACAACAGCAGCGACCUGUGCUAAACCCAAAUCAUCAGGUUGCACAGCAGCAGCAGGCAAAGUCUCAAGCCAACAUGGUGUCUGAGAUCCAGGGUAUCCCUGUUGUGACUCUUCCUGUGGACAAAAUGAACCUGUGUAAGGGCAAGCAGUACUUCAUCUACAGCAGGAACCAGUCCUACAUGAUGGCCACCUGGGAUGGCAAUAACUUCUCUGUCGCAAACAAAGGAACAUUAAUGAAUUCAGCGAGUACCAGCAAAGGUCCAGCUGGAGUUGGGGGUCAGGCUCAGAGUCCUGUUAUAGGAGGUGGGCGUGGCAGAGGUCGGGGUGCAGCCGAUGGUUCUCAGUCGAAACCAGGGAAUAACUGGGUUUACAAAGAUGCAGUUGGUGGCACUUUGACAAGACGGCCCUUACAUGCACCAGCGACACCUGGUGUAGAAGGAGAUGAAGAUUCCCAGGAGAAACAGGCGGCUAAUGCCCCAGCAGCAAACAGAGAACCACCCAAGAAACGGCGAGAUUGGAAAUUCCCAGAUGAUGAGGAAGGCACCAUUCGGUAUGCUAUAUGUAAGAACUGUGGCAAUACAUCCAGAGACUUUGAUUACUGUGAUGGAUGCAAAAAAUGGAUUCCAGAUGAAAGAAAGUGGCGCGUUAUCAAAAGUACACCUGGCACCAGUACAACUAAGGACAGUAAAGCUGAUCCAGUUGUUGAUAAACAGGCAUUUUAUGGCAAAGCAAAGGACUCCUCAGAGAUGUAUGAACAUUGUGGUAUUAAAUACAAAGUGAAUACAAAGCCAGCUGCCAAGCAGUAUAUUAUUGUAACACCCUCCAGGGGUCGGGGAAGGGGCCGUGGACGAGGCAGGAAAGCACAGAAAGCACCAGAGAUCGAAACUGUAACAAUCUCAUCAUCAGAAGAUGAGCUUGAGGAGGACUACAUGGACGAGGAAAUGUAUGAUGAGGAGCAGUUUGAAGAUGAGGAGUUCAAUGAAGAGGAGGAGGACUUUGACGAGGAAAUGAUGGGGGAUGAAGAGGAAGAGAUGGAAGGGCAGGAGGAGACUGGAUUCCCGCAGGUCGGGGAUUCCCCAAGCAACUCGCCAAGGAGACCCCGACGACGGGAACUAAUGCAGGACCAGACGGGAAAACCUUUGGGACGUGUUGUUGCUCAGCCUCGUAAAGGUGCCAAUAGAGGGCAGCAGCACCAGCCAAGUCCAAGCCAAUCAGAUGCCUCUGAGGAUGAGAGCAGUGUCGAUCUGAAUGUACGAACCACUAGGAUUGGUUCAUAUGAGAGCAAACCCCUGAAUGUCAACAUAUCAUAUGAUCAAAUAACAAUAGAUCUCAAUGUGCAGAACAAGAUCCUGAAGCUCCCUAUCUUCAAGCAAGACAUAGAGAAGGUCCAGGCUUACUUUGGGGAGGACAUGCCUGUCUUGUUUAUUGUUACUAAUCCUGCCUGUGCCCUCAAAAUCAGAUCAUGCUGCAGGAUGAAACGUAGUGAAGGCACUUUCUAUGACCCUGGCAGUACAGUUGAGAAUGAGAAGAGGAUCACAAUCCUCCUUGAAGGCAUCAGUGGAGAGGACCAAGACAAACUACAUGAGAUAUUUGAUGAAAUCACCAAGUCUAAUGGGAAAGAGGAGCCAAUACUUCAGGAGAUUGAGAUCUCUGCAGCUAAUGACACUCUUCUCAAGUGUGCACCCCCUCAUGCCAGGAAACAGGUUGAGAAUCUGAGUAAGAGUCAAUGUGGAGAUGAUGAAGAUGAGGAAGAAGAGGAUGAGGACAUGGAUGAAGACAUGGAGGAGGGAGAGAUUCCUCCUAAAGCUGUAUUCAAAGGUCCUGUAGAAAAGAUGUGUACUUACCCCCCACCUCCAACUGUGGGUGGCAUCACAGUGACCAAUGAGGAUCUGUUUUGUCUCGGGGAUGGAGAAUUCCUCAAUGAUGUCAUCAUCGACUUUUAUCUCAAGUGGUUGUUCUUUGAGAAGUUAACGGAAGAGGACAGGAAGAGAACGCACAUCUUCAGCUCAUUCUUCUACAGACGACUUAUGCAGAAACUUCACACAUCACAGGAGGAGAAAGAUAUAAACCUCACGCCUCUGCAGAAGCGUCACGCCCGUGUAAAAAAGUGGACCAGAAAUGUGGACCUCUUUUCUAAAGACUUCAUCAUCAUUCCUAUUAAUGAAAGUGCCCAUUGGUACUUGGCCGUUGUUUGUUUCAUUGGAAUGAAGACGCCCAAGACAGAAACAACAAUUAUUCCAUCUCAUAAAGUGUCAUCGUACUUAGCUACACUCCCAUCUAGUGUCAAGAUUAUGAUACCAGCCAAACCAAAGAUGACCCUAAAGCAGAAGGAGAAACAGGUGGAUGGGGCAGAUAACAAAUCAAAUGUCACUAAUGCCAAAUCUAAUGCACCUGACAUCAAAGCUAGUGUCUCAGAGAGCAAGUCUGAAGCCUCAGAUACUAAACCUAAAAGUUCCAAUUCUGACACUGGGGAUGAUAAAUCUGAGAAAACGGGUGGAUCUUUAAAUAAUAAACAGAAUGCUGCCAGUAUUAAUAAAAAUGAGAAAUCUCAAAGCAAAGACAAUAAAAUGAGUCCUGCUGCUGAAAAUGAGUCAACUCCUGAAACUAGAACUAAUUCUGAGAAAAAAGACAAUAAAAUAAAAACUGAAUCAAAGGAUAAAAACUCUGUUGGAGAUAAUCAAACAAGAAAUGAAGAUUCGGAAAGUGAGUCUAAGAAAGUUGACAGUAAAGAACAAACUGAUGGUUCAAAUAAAACAGCUGGAGCCAGUAAAGCUGCUGAAGCAUCAAAUGAAACAAACUCUCGUGAGAAAGCUGCUAUGGAGGCAGACCUCUCAGAAUCACAAGAUACAGAUGAUGAUAAGUUAGAUGCAGAUUCCCUCGACUCAACAUUGGAAAAACUUGCCACAGAUUAUGCCAGUGAUAGUGAGGAAUCCAAACAAAGCAGUAAAUCUCGGGAAUCCCCACAGGAGGAACAGCAAAUGUUGGAAUUCCAGGUGACUGUCAAUGACACGAAGGAUGACGAUUCCAAUGAUUCAUCUACAUCUAAUGAUAAACAGUGCAAUAAGGAGGAAGAGGAGAAGGUAGAUGUUAGUGUACCUCUAGCUCUCAGACCGACCAGCCAACCUUUGACCGUCAUAGACACCAAACAGGCAUGUAUCCUGAUCUUUGACUCCUUAGCUGGUCCCUCCAGGUCUACAGUCAUACGCACACUCAGAGAGUACUUGAGUUGUGAGUGGGACAUCCGCAAGAAGGAUAAGGAGGGUGCCAGGGUGUUUGACAAGGAUACCAUCAAGGGUUCCACCCCCAAGGUUCCCCAGCAGAGCAACUUCAGUGACUGUGGAGUUUAUUUACUGCAAUAUGUGGAACAGCUGUUCAAGACUCCACCCAGGACAUACCCACCUCCAGGUGCCCUGCUGAAGAACUGGUUUCAGGAAGAGACUGUCAACAGGAAGAGGAAGGAGAUUAUUGAAUUGGUAGAGACUUUAAAACAACAACAAACAGCAUUAAAGGAACAAUCUAAGAAAACUAGGCCUGAUACCCCUGUUAGAGGGACCCCUAGUAAACGUGUAAAGACCAGCUGAUGAAGCAAACUAGCUCAAAUUGAGCAAAUAUUAAUACAUUAAUAUGGGUCAAGUUCAGUAUCUAGGGAUGAUAAUAGGAAGAAACCUAUUAACCCACUUCGACCCAAUAAUGAAUAAUUCUAAUUUACAAUAUAUGGGAUUUGUUUGAGAAACUAUUAAAGAGCACACAUUACUCAGACUAAUUGUUUGCAAAAUAUUAAUGUGAAUUCUUAUUAAUUUGAAAAUUAUGUAUUUUUAUCAUCAGUCCCAUUUUUAAAAUGGCAUUUCAGUCAUUGUAAUAAAUAUCUCAAAAUAGAAAAGCUGAGUUCCUUUUUAUGUACAUGUGGAUUGAAGAAACCCGGAAUGAUUCUUAUUAAAAUUGAUGCAUUAAAUUAUCAUUGGAUGAAAUACUGAUCUGAUCUCAUGAUUUUUGAUUAGAUAUUGUCUAUUAAACCAUAGCCAGUUUGGCAUUAUACUCUAGGUAUUAUAUACUCAGUUAUUCUCAGUCUGAUGAAUUUCCAUAUAAAAGUUUCCAUUUGGAGGCAUUUGGGUAUUACAAUGUGCCAUGAUUUUUUAUAGUCUGUGCGAAAGACUGGACUUUUAUUCCAAUAUGGAGAUUUUGGCUGAAAUGUGAACAAUAAUGAUGGUUAUAAUAUAAUUGUUCAAGUUAUUUAUUACAUUACAAUUGUAGCAUCAACUUUAAUAGAAGAGAUAAUAGAUGAUGAGGCCAUAAUGUGUAAAACAUCGGCCAUAUAAAUCUUGUACACUGUUAGACAUUGCCAAUUAUUUUCAGAUUCUCACAUUGCAUUCAUUUUACAGUUUUACCAUUUUUUAGUCAUGCGCUUGACAACAUCUAAUUUGACAUGUUUGUGCAGAAUUCUUAACACAAUGAGUUAGAUCACAGGCUUUCAAUAUUUUGAAUGCCCAUGGUUAGAUACAGAAUAGACUAGAUACAAAGGUUUUGCUCACAUUUUGAAAGACAACAUCCAUCUACAAUCUGACAUUUUAGUUCUAAAAACUGCCAUUUGAUUUCGCAAAUGUUAAAAAUGUUUGCCAUGCUUACCGUCCAAAGUAUCGAUUUUUGGCUACAUGUUUACUUUGGUCACUUAUUUUACAGCUUUCCACAAGCUGCUUGACACAAUGCUUCAUUUAUUUACAUGUAACUUUCUGCAAUAGACUUAAUACACAUCUUCAAGAAAGUUACACAUGCUUGUAAAUGAAUAAAACAUUACUAUAUUAGGAGGUAUUUCUUGAGAUUGUACAUGUGACUGUAUUCACAUUGAACCUUACCUUAUAAGGGCUUCAGUUGGUAAAUAAUAAACAAGAAUGAUGGAAAUAUUAGAGAUCUCUGUAAAACUGUUUCUCAUUAAAUACAUCACUGUG